AACCCUAGACAGCGAACUCAAAUGUGAGAAGUUACAAUUUCUCGUUUUUCAUUCCAUUCAUUCAUUACGAAUCAUCUGACUCAUGUCCUUUGCAAUGGCAUUUGCAGAGCAGUUGUUGCAAUCACAAUACCAGCCCUUGCCUUCAAUACCGUCCGUAUGCACGAACUCAUAAUAAGAGUAACGUGUCACUCAGCCUCUAUAUGUGCAUUCACCAUUAUCCUUCUAUAUUCCCGUUGCGCCUUGAAAGAAAGAAAAAUCCCCCUUGGGAUACUCCCGAGAUGCCCUAUUGUGACUGUACUCUGUACAGAUGCUGAAAAGAUUCAAAGUGUACCGUCCGCCGUGGGCAAUUAUGCAGUAAAUACUAGAUCAACUAGAAAUGAAUAUACGUCGCUGUGUUUGUGUCGUCCGGUUGUUUCCAUGUCGGGGGAGGGAGAGAACUGAUGUAUAUGUACAGAAUUGAGGCGUUACGGCUAUCUGGGCGAGCCGGUCGACGGUUUGCCUAUGUGGUGGAUGUGGCCAUCCGAGACGGUUCAGAUCCGUG